AUCAAAUCCUUCCUCCACCCAUGCUUCCCUCCUCACUCGGCUCCGCUCCCCUCUAACCUCACCGCCGACUUCGCCGAUGGCAUCCACUCCCUCCCUCGCCGUCUCCGGCAGCGCCGUCUUCCCGCCGGCCGUCGGCGCUGACCCCCGCAGGCCGCCUCCGGGCUCCGUCGCCGUCGUCGACAAGAGUAGUUCAUACAGCAGGAGCAUGCAAGCCACCGAAAAUGGCGGCGUGGAGGCUCCCCUGCGGCCACUGGAUGUCCGGGAGGCAAUGAGCAUGCUAACAGAGGGCAAGACAGUGCAAUCUGCAAUGUACGUGCCACUGCUGCACCGGUGCAUCGAGACGGGCAGCCUCGGCGCCACCAGGGCCCUGCACGGGCACAUGGUGAAGACGGGAACCGACGCAGACAUGUUCGUGGCGACGUCGCUGGUGAACGUCUACAUGCGGUGCGGCGCAAGCGGGGACGCUCGCAGGCUGUUCGACGAAAUGCCUGAGAAGAACGUCGUGACGUGGACGGCGCUUAUAACGGGCUACACCCUGAAUUCGCAACCGGUGUUGGGCCUGGAGGUGUUUGUUGAGAUGCUGGAGCUGGGGAGGUACCCUUCGCAUUACACGCUGGGCGCCAUGUUGAACGCGUGCUCCACCUCAUACAAUGUUGAUUUGGGAAAGCAGGUUCAUGGGUAUGCGAUUAAGUAUGGGGCUGAGUCGAUCACGAGCAUGGGGAACUCUCUUUGUAGGUUGUAUGCCAAGUUGGGAAGCUUAGAUUCUGCAUUGACCGCCUUUUGGAGGAUCCCUGAUAAGAAUGUGAUUACGUGGACAACAAUGAUUUCUGCGUGUGCCGAAGAGGAGGAUUAUGUGGAGCUUGGAUUGAGCUUAUUUCUUGAUAUGCUUAUGGAAGGAGUGAUGCCGAAUGAAUUCACAUUAACAAGUGUCAUGAGCCUGUGUGGUACAAGGCUGGAUCUUAACCUGGGCAAGCAAGUUCAAGCCUUCUACUUCAAAAUUGGUUGUGAAACAAAUCUUCCAGUAAAGAACUCCACAAUGUACCUCUACCUGAGGAAGGGUGAAACUGACGAGGCGAUGCGGUUGUUCGAACAAAUGGAGGAUGUCAGUAUUAUCACAUGGAAUGCAAUGAUAUCAGGUUAUGCUCAGAUCAUGGACUCAGCAAAGGACGAUCUACAAGCUCGGUCAAGAGGGUUCCAGGCGCUCACAAUUUUCCGCGACCUCACAAGGUCUGCAAUGAAACCGGAUCUGUUCACUUUCUCAAGCAUCCUAUCUGUAUGCAGUACCAUGAUGGCUUUAGAACAGGGUGAGCAAAUCCAUGCACAGACCAUAAAGACUGGCUUUUUGUCAGAUGUUGUAGUAAACAGCGCACUGGUCAAUAUGUAUAAUAAGUGUGGGUCAAUUCAAGACGCGAACAAAGCAUUUCUUGAAAUGCCAAUACGGACAUUUGUUACAUGGACUUCUAUGAUCUCAGGUUACUCGCAGCAUGGCCAACCUCAGGAGGCCAUACAACUCUUUGAAGACAUGAGAUCAGCAGGGGUGAGACCAAAUGAAAUAACAUUUGUAAGUGUGCUCUCAGCCUGUAGCUAUGCCGGUUUGGUCGAAGAGGCUGAGAGUUACUUUGACAUGAUGAAGAAAGAGUAUUGUAUUGAACCUGUUGUGGAUCACUAUGGGUGCAUGAUUGACAUGUUUGUGCGGAUAGGGAGGUUGGAGGAUGCAUUUUCCUUUAUCAAAAGGACUGGUUUUGAGCCAAAUGAGGCCAUCUGGUCAAGUUUGGUUGCUGGAUGCCGGAGUCAUGGGAAUAUGGAACUUGCCUUCUAUGCUGCUGAUAAGCUGCUUGAGCUCAAACCAAAAGGGAUUGAAACCUAUAUCCUCCUGCUGAACAUGUACAUUUCGACAGAGAGAUGGCAGGAUGUGGCAAGAGUACGAAAACUGAUGAAACAGGAAGAUGUUGGGAUUCUAAGGGAUCGCAGCUGGAUUACAAUCAAAGACAAAGUGUACUUCUUCAGAGCUAAUGAUAUAACUCAUCCCCAAGCAGCCGAAUUGUAUCAACUGUUGGAGAAUUUGUUGGAGAAAGCUAAAUCCAUUGGGUAUGAACCAUACCAGAAUGCAGAGUUAUCUGAUAGUGAGGAUGACGAGAAACCCACUGCUGGUUCACUGAAGCACCACAGUGAGAGGCUAGCUGUUGCACUGGGGCUGCUGCAAACGCCUCCAGGCGCCACGGUUCGCGUCACGAAGAACAUCACCAUGUGCAGGGACUGCCACAGCUCCAUCAAGUUCUUCUCGUUGCUUGCAAACAGAGAAAUCGUUGUCCGGGACAGCAAACGGCUUCACAAGUUCAAGGAUGGCCGAUGCUCCUGUGGAGAUUUUGGUGCACUGUUGUGACAAGAUCACAAGACUGCAAAAUCUUACCUCACAGAUAUUACUCUAGGAGCUCAACAGUUUUGUAGUGCAAAUUACAAGUUGCAUGAAAUUUCGUUUGAGGCAAAGCGGGCGUGAACCGGCCCUUCUUUGUGAAUUUUGUAGAUCUUUGUAUGAAAAAUCAAAAUUUAUAAACUCAGGCAUAGUCAUCA